AUGAAAUGUGCAGUGAUGAGUUGGAGCUUUGGUCUUGGUUAUUUUCGUCCAUACAAGAACGACCCCUUCAUUAGAGCUUUGCUUAAUCAGAGCAUAGAUGGAGUCGAUGUACAUGUGACUAUAUUAGUCCUAGAGUGUCUGCCAGUGUCAGUGUUGCGGGGUUCAAGUAGUUUUGGUGGUCUCGGUUAUGUGUGUGUAGUCAGUUGUGAUGAGCGAUACUUUGCAUUGGAUGAAACUAACGGCAAACAGUACUUCCUCUUUGAGCCAAAAAACGACUUCAUCGGUUAUCAUCUAAAUAAGUAUUUUUCACACGAAAAUAUAUCCAGUGAUUCGGAGAUUCAAUUCGCCUUCAUCGAGCAUGGUGGAAUGCUUCUGAGUCAAAUACCACAUUACAAGGCAUUCUAUUGGAUUGAUGCUCAUUACGAGGAGGUCAUGGCGGCUGUGCCUAUGAAGUGCGCGGAAUUGGAAAUGUUUCAGCUGGAGCCCUAUGGAACAUUUGUGAGGCGUAAAGAUGGAUGGCACAGCAAAAAUUUGCAACUCCUUGCAUUUGCCCAACACAGCGUCAAAAAUUUCGCUGUCUUCCACUUCCAUGUCUCCGAAGUAGCCCGCUCUCCGCAACCGAUCGAUGAUUAUACCACCUCUGUCCUCUCUUAUGUGCCUUUGGAUAAAUUUGUCGGAAUUCAAAUUGUCAAUGGAGAAGGUUUCAUUUCUAAGGCGCAGUUAUAA